CGGUAGCCUCUAGGUGGGUGUUCAGUUCCGCAGCUCGGUUCCUCUCGAUUCUCUACAUUACAGUACACUACAUUACACACCGAAUCCUCGGAUUACCCGGAGCCGAGCCGGUUCUGCCACACAUCGCUGCCUCACGUCAUUUCCUGUUGUGUGACGCCAACAAGCGGGGACAUACAAUCGCGCCGCCUUUUAAACGAGCUUUAUUGUUCCCGGAAUAGAGCAUAUUGGGUACAUCGUGCAGCAAAGAAAGUGACUGCGGGGCCACGGAAUGUUCUACCAUAUCUCAUUGGAACAUGAAAUUCUUCUGCACCCUAGAUAUUUUGGCCCUAACCUUCUCAACACUGUCAAACAGAAACUCUUCACUGAGGUAGAGGGAACAUGUACUGGCAAGUAUGGUUUUGUGAUUGCAGUGACCACAAUCGAUAACAUUGGUGCUGGGGUGAUUCAGCCAGGGAGAGGGUUUGUGCUUUAUCCCGUCAAGUACAAGGCCAUUGUCUUCCGUCCUUUCAAGGGUGAGGUGGUAGAUGCCGUGGUGACCCAGGUUAAUAAGGUUGGAUUAUUCACUGAAAUUGGUCCAAUGUCCUGCUUCAUAUCAAGACAUUCAAUCCCAUCUGAGAUGGAAUUUGACCCAAAUUCCAAUCCACCAUGUUAUAAGACCGUAGAUGAGGAUGUUGUCAUUCAACAGGAUGAUGAGAUCCGGCUCAAAAUUGUUGGGACCAGAGUGGACAAAAAUGACAUAUUUGCGAUUGGCUCUCUAAUGGAUGAUUAUCUUGGUCUGGUGAGCUGAUGUGUACCACCCCCUGUCUCUGAAGGAAGAUGUGAUGUGCUGUCUGGGCAUCCAUUGUGCUUUUGGUGCCUGGCACACAGUAGGAAAAGGGAUCAUUUUAUGGUGCAGGUCCAUGGGCUGUGCUCUCUUACCCCUAUGUACAUAAUUUCCAAUUUGUUUUAAUAAAAUGUUACAAAACA